CUUACCGAGAUGCAGAGACAAGAAGGGCCAGGGAGCCGCGUCAGGAGCUUCUCCGUACGGGAUCUUCUCCAGCUACCGGACAAACCUUCGCCAGCUGAUGCCCUGACGCAGUCGCUGAUGGUGAAUUCUGGCGGCAAUGAAUCCCCGCCGAAGGCACCUCCUGCUCAGAGCAUCCCAGCACACCUCAACGACCGAAACCCGAUCCAGGCCGCAGCCGAUUCGACGGAGAACACCCACGUCGUUGAGGAAGGAGACGAAGACGACGACGACGACGACGAGGACGACGAAGAGGUGGGCGAGGGUAUGGAGUCCUCCGCGGAGUUGGAGGGCGGUCCCGAAAUGCCCGGCCGGAAGCGGAAGAGGAGAAUUCUCUUCACCAAGUCCCAGACGUACGAGCUGGAGAGGAGGUUCCGUCAGCAGCGCUACCUUUCGGCCCCCGAGAGGGAGCACUUGGCCUCCCUCAUCAACCUCACGCCCACACAGGUCAAGAUCUGGUUCCAGAACCACAGGUACAAGACGAAGAAGCUGUACCGGGAGAAGGGGCUGCCUUCGACGCUCGAGCAUCCUUACGUCUCAUCCACGGGCUCCUUGGGGUCCUUGCCCAACGCCCUUCGACGGCUGACGGUCCCCUUGCUCGUUAGGGAAAGGUUAUCGGCCGUUCACGCCAACGGCGGACGCGCCGACCCCCUCAGUCCGGACGCCACCGCCCUUUUAGAGCCUCGUUUGCCGCCUCCCUUGCACCUCACGCCCCCCAUGGCCUUCCCGGGUCUGUUCACGGGUCUCUUCGGGGCUUCGGGAGGGCUGAGGCUGGGCGUGAUGCCGCCCUCUCUGACCCAGACCCCUUUGUCUCCCGCUCUGGCCGCUUCUCUGACCUCGAGCCUCACGUCCUCUCUCCUCCUGCCGGCGCCCUCCCUCAUGGCAAGCAGCGCCUCCUCCCUCGCGACCAGCUCCCUGCCCCUCUUCUCGUCCCCUACGGUCACCUCCACUGUCGCCCCCGCCCGCGCCCCUGUCACCGUCUUGGAGGGUUGUGGCCAUCGCUCAGCCUCGUCCUCGCCGGCCACCUCUCUCUCCUCCCCAAGGGCGUCGUCUCCAGUGACCACGACGGGAGGCGUUGACACCUCGAGCGCUGCAGGGGCGGCAGUGCCGUCUGCGGGUGGCGUCACUCUCACGGCCACCAGGUGGUGACCGCCCGCACGUGGGCGUGUAAAAGCGGACGUCAGAGAUGAUUAAAAAUGACGUGAAAAUGACCCUUUUUAAAACAGUGAGGUGUGAACAUGACGGCCGGAAGCGUCUCUCGGGUGAAAGAAAGGAGAUGAGACCUCCGCAGUGGACGUGGCGGCAGCACCUCGUUCGUUCGUCGUUGAUGGAAAUGAUAGCAAUGAUGCCGUGUGCCUUAGGAAUAAAUACGUUAGAGUUAAUGGCGAAAUAUCGUCAUGCGAUAUUCAGUGACAAAAACAGAGGAGCACUCAUGUUAGAUGAGAAAAUAGAAAGUCCUAAUUACCAAGAGGAUUAAUGAUCAUUGUUGUCUGUCAUUUUUGAGCCAUUUCGAGUGAUGAAUGUGUUAGUCAUUAGAAAUAGUGUCGUAUUGUAUCAUUAUAGGUUAAUGUAAUUUACGGUUAAUUAACGGUCAGGUAGCGAGUGGAAUCAAGUCAGGUGAGGAGCAAUUACUACUUAUUUAUAGGUUCACCGGUCAGGUACCACGAAAGUACCACGACUGACUUGAGGAAUUUUGUUUGGUGUCUCGUAAACAUACCUCGAUUAAUCUAACUGAUAAGAUGCAAUUAUUAAAUAUUUUAAUUGUACAUAGAAUAUGAGUUUUUACCUUUAGGAGAUUUGUUGUUACCUUCAUAAUGUUACUGAUGACAAGGAGGUGUGCAGGCGAAGUCUAGAAGCCUGUGUAUUAAAACGACUCCAAAUAUGUUAUUGGGAAAGGGACCUCCAAUUAUGGUGGGAGGCACUGUAUCCAUGUGUGAUGAAUUAGCGGUAUUUCAUUACGCGAGGUAAUUGUUAUUAGAAGUAUUGUUAACAGGUGAUAUUUAUUUAUAUUUUUUCCUUUAUUUUACAAGAGACAUUCAGAUUUACACGACACGUGCAAUGGACAUAUUCGA